AUGGGGAGCGCUGCAUCAAUUCGCAAUCGUCAGCGCAAGCAGGGUUGUGAACGGCUGGGCAUCACAAUCCAGCAGCUGGUGGAGGUGGACGCUGUGGUGCAAGAUCGCUAUCAGAAGGAAUGCUGGCCACAGGUGGCAAACUCCAAGCCCUCCGUUCAGCAGGUCGUGAGAAAUUACAUCAAGCCAGAGACCAAAGGAAAGAAACGCAGCUAUGUCGAAAUGAAAUACGAGGACAUGGUGAGCCCGCCUAGCUGGUUUUCGUGUCAUCCUUGGUCCAUCAGCCACGCUUCGUUAGUGCUGGGUCUGCGGCACUUGGUUGACAGACAUGGUGAGACCGACGCGACUUCUUUUUGGGCCGCAGCUUAUUGCUUGUACCAGCAUGAUGAGGUUUCUCACUCUCCUGAUGUAGUUCUUCCGGCUGUCUUCGGAUCGAGGCACCUGUAUGGCAUUGCAGUGCACAUAGACUCACAGCGUGAAAUUUGGAGAAGAAUGUGGUGUCUUUCCGAAAUCCUCACAUCCACAACACAUGGCGGUGAAACGAUGCACAUGAGCUUCGUUACAGUGGAGGAGUCCAAAACGUGCGAGACGACAGUUUUUUCGCUGUCCGACCAUCCAAUGGUCACUGAGUCAGAGAGUGAGCGAAGAUCAUGCGAUGCAAAAUUUCCUCUGAGCGCCUUUGUGCUGAACAGACCGAUAGCGAUCGACACAAGUUGCGCAACCCUCCAAGAGGACGAAGAGGCGAUCUUGCGUCAGAUCAUCAAGGAAAGCGGGGAGGGCAAGAGUGCUGCGCGCGCAGCUACUAGUCCAAGAUCUCCGAAGCAACACCCGGCCUACCUCAAGGCGAAUACGCUGCUGCGGGUGAAGAUCGAAGCCGCCGCUAUGCGAGUUGCAGUCCUCGCCAAGGACGAGAAGGUGGAGAGCGCCCUGUUGAGAGGAGCCCAAAACAACGAGAUGCUUCGGGGCGAGCUCAAGCAAGCCAGGGAGCAAGCGCGGAUCCCCCUCGACAUGGCCGCCACGCCCAAAAGCUCUCCAGCGCCGCCAGCGGCGCUCCCGGCGCCACCAGCACCGGAGCCGCAGAUUGCAGGAGGUACGGAUCCGGUGGAGUUUGAGCCCUCCGCGAGUUCCAAACUCCUGGGAGCACGCCUGGGAUACUUGUUGGAGGGCUUUCCUCUGCAAGCUCAGCGAGGCACAGGUCAAGACGAUCCGACGUUUCAUGAAAUGAGUAAGACGUUGGCGUUGAGCAGAACUGGCCUGGGUUACAACAAGCUGUGCCCUCGUGACGGGAGGCUUCAUUGCAGCAUGGUAGAUGCACUGACCGCGGGUGAUGCGCAGAGAGCUUCUCACUUUUUAUCCUGGUGCUGGGACUAUCGUUUGCAGAUGUAUCUACAAACAUGGAGGCAGUGGUGUUCGCAGCAUCCCCAUACGGAAGCCUUCAUUUGGCAGUGCUUCUUCUGCAACAACCAGUAUCGCCUCCAAGAAGGCCAACAAGUGACGGAUGAAAGUCUAGGCGACAUUUUUCAAACCCGCUUACUUGACAUCCAGCAGAUGGUCGUGAUGCUUGAUAAGUUCAUGCAGCCCAAGUACCUGGAGCGUGUGUGGUGCGUUUAUGAGAUGUACACUGCGGCGGCGAACUCGGACAGAGUCACGGUGGACAUCAUGUUGCCACCGGACCAGGCAGCUGACAUUCGGACGAAGAUCGCCUCGGGUGUUUGGGAUGACAUUCGAAAGAAGUUCCAGGAAGUAAAUGUGGAGCACGCCAGGGCCCGUGAGAGAAAGGACGAAGACAUGGUAAAAGAGCACAUUAAGAAAGGAGCCGGUUUCGAUGCGGUGAAUGCGAAAGUGCGCGAGAAGAUGAUGGCAUGGGUUCUCAAGCAAGUUGAGAUGUUCUUGCUCGAGGAUGGCAAAGUAAGAAGUGGGGCAGACUUUCUACGAACUGCUGGGCUGGCGGACUACAUCGACAAGUUAGAGGAGCAAGGCAUCUGCACUUUCGAAGAUCUUGAGGACUUGGAGGAUGCAGACUUGGCCGCCAUAGGCUUUGACCCGGCUGCACGCGAACGUCUGCUCCAAGUGGUGAAGAUGGGGCCUUCUGCCAGGCAAGAGACGGACUUCAAGGACAAGUUGAGGAUGUUGGGCUUAUCCGCAGACGUCUUUGAGGGGCUUUCCGAGGACCAGGUAAUGCGAAACAGAGAGAUGGAGGAGAGGCUGCCUACCCUGGGAGACAAGAAGAAGUUCCGCAAGUGGCGUCAGUCUUGUCUCACUGGCGAGGCCGUUGUGGAGGAGUUGGUGGCGCUGGACAUGCUAGUCGAGCGUGGCCCCGAUUGGUGUUAUGAUGGUGACAGUGACGAUGACAUGACGCCUGAAGAUGGAGGACCCCAAGGUAUUGGCAAAGUUGUUGCCUGGUGUUCCGCUUCCGGAGAGGCCUUCGGACCGAGUGCACCCAGGCCUGGAUGGGUGAAGGUGCAAUGGCAGGUCACGGGACGCAGAAGGAGCUAUCGAAUGGGGACGCCUGAGCGUCACUCAGCCGAACUCGUGUUCGCCGCGGCCAUCGCCGAUGCCCAAGCUGCACGAGCCCUUCGAGAGGUUCCAAAGGGUGAGAUUCAGUUGCACCACCUGCGCUGCAAUUUUGGCUACCGCUGUGGCACGAGGUUCUCCCACUAUGCCCUGUUUGACACCCGCGUGGAAGCAUGUGAGAAGGUUGCUGGGUUCAAACCUGGCGAUGUCGUCGAGGACAAGGAUGGGGACAGAGCCACGUGCGUUGGCUUAAAGUACCGUGCAGAUGCCAAGAAAGUGGACAUGUGGUUUCACUGCGACGGCAGAGACGGCGCAGGUCUGUUUACGCACCCGAAUCAUGAUCGUUGCCUUCGCAAAAUUACACACAAGCGCCUGCCAGAGGCGAGCCGUGAGGAUGCUGAAGGUGCUUCGGACGGGGAGAUAGAUCAUGAUGAGCGUGAAUGGGUCGGUCAGAACCUGAAGCCUACGCUGAAGUAUCUUUCAAAGUCAGGGCAAGUUCUCCAUUUCGACGUUCGUGAGGAGAUUCUUCAACACUUUCGCAUGCCGUUCAAAUCUGGUGACGUCUUGGUCGACAAGGCGGACGGUGAGCGGAUGACGUGCAUCGGCGUCGCUAGCGAUCCCAUGCGUCAGCUGGCCGCCCGGCAUGGCCAAAGAGGCCGACGGGUCGCCGGCAGCGUGGCAGAAGUGUGGUUUCACGUGGAAUCCGCGGAGGGGGCGUUGAGCCGAUUCAAAGUGGUAGAGAACCGGCCUGUCCACGAACUGGAAACCGGCUCUGCGGCGGAUGCCUGGGAUAUGGAAACCGCUUUGGGGCUGCUCCAAAGCUUGGAUGGUUCGUUGCAGUGUGACUUCAGCUUUCCGAUAGGUGCCGGGAAGAAUGCCACACCCGAUUGGUUUGAUGUGCGACCGGAGAUGGUGUACAACGUGGUCGGCUUCAGACCCGGUGAUGUUUUGAGCAUUCGUGGAGGCCCGCCGGGAACUCGCUUGACCUUGAUCGGUCUCCGGCCCGACCCCGAUACUGGGGAGAUCUCGGUGUGGUGGCAUCACGAAGACUUCCAGACCGUCCACGCCGGAGCCGGGAAGAUCCCCGGUUGGGAGCAUAUGCGGCCGAUGAUGCGAGCGACAGGCGAGAAAGUGAACCUCGAGGAGCUGAAAGAGCACAUUCGAAGCAGAAAGGGUCGAGGCGAAGAGAACCAGGGCCAGAGUGAUCUGUCGCAGAUGGAAAUGCUUUCGCAGAUGUCAGCACAGCUUUCGCCAGCGGACCUGCAACAGCUCAUGGGGGCACUGAUGCGCUAA